AACAAGUUCGAGCAAGAAUGAUGAACAAAACAUUUGUCAUGCCUUAUUUAUCAGAAUACUCAAAAAGCUAAAAGUCUGUACGUUUUUUACGAAUAUUAAAAAUUGUUUUUUACCUUGUGUUUGUUUUUUGAAUAAAGGAGAACGUAUAUAAAUUGUCCACAGUGAGUCACGUUUAUUUGGACUACAUAAUAUAAUCUAGCAUCAUGCAGGAGAACCGUCCGGAGUUAUAUGAAGAGGUCAAGCUGUACCGUCACGCUCGAGAACGUGAAAAGUACGAUAACAUGGCUGAUUUGUUUGCACUAAUGUCGACGCUGCAGAACCUUGAAAAAGCCUACAUCAGAGAUUGUGUUACACCACAGGAAUACACAGCCGCUUGCUCGAAGUUUCUGGUGCAGUACAAAGUAGCCUUCAAGCUUGUACAGGGCGAUGAGUUUCCCAACAUAGAGGCCUUUGUAAAAAAGUUUCGUCUGGAUUGUCCAGCUGCGCUUGAACGGAUCCGAGAAGAUAGACCGAUUACGAUUCGAGAUGACAAAGGAAACACUAGCAAGUGUAUUGCCGAUAUAGUUUCCAUGUUUAUUACACUGAUGGAUAAGCUGAGACUGGAGAUACGCGCUAUGGAUGAUCUGCAGCCCGAACUGCGUGAUUUGCUUGAUACGAUGAAUCGAUUAUCCCUGAUCCCGGAUAACUUUGAAGGUAAAGAAAAGGUUUCAACCUGGUUGGCAACGCUGAAUUCCAUGCAGGCAUCAGAUGAGUUAUCAGAAACACAGGUCCGACAAUUGCUGUUUGAUCUGGAAUCGUCAUACUCUGCCUUCAAUAACCUAUUGCAUUCAACAUAAGCCUAGGAAGUCGUUUCGUUUAGACAUAUCGCUCAAUGGUUCUCAUAAGAGUUGAGCAGUAUGAAGAUUAGCCUAUACAUUUAUUAUAUUUUAAAUUCAGUGAAUAUAUCGUUAAUCAAAAGA